AUGCAGUCAUUUGAAAAAGACGAAAAGAGCAACGGGAAUGUACAGUUUGUGCUGAAAGAGUCUACAAGAUACGCCAGAGGACAGUAUGCCAUCAAACUGUCCUACUACAAUGGGAAGGUGUAUUUGCAUUUGCAGGACAACAACAACGGUAAACAGGUGUCACUCCCAGACGACAUUUUUGACACUAUGAACAAUCUAUUCUUCACAAUAAAUAAAGCGGUGGAUGAAAUCAAGAAGUCCAAUCAAGGACCACCUAGCCCGGAACUGGUAAGUUAGUUAAUUCAGCGUCGCAGACCUUACAUUCAAUUAAUUUUUCUAAUAGGAUAUAUCGGGGUACAAUGGAGAGUGUUUUCGUCAAUCAAUAGCUUGUGAUGACACCACGCAAAAAGAAGCGAGUGGUGGAUUUAGACGGAGAUGAUGAGUUCUAAAGGGAUAAAGAAAA